CCACCGCUAAUUCUGAAAGUGCAUUAUCAAAAAAAAAAAACAUUGAUAAUGGCCGAAGAGAAGGUAAAGUAUGGAAGCAGAAAGUUUAAGAAGAUGCUCAAUGAGCUCUACAAAGAAGCAGCGGAAUUGUCCAUCGACCACAAUUGCAAGGUGGGAAUUUUCGUGGCCCCAAAGAAAAUAGACGAAAAAUCAACAAUGUAUGCUUUCGGCUCCCCCUCUGUGGAGUCCGUCGUGGAGGAGUUGAAGGUGAAGGCGAAAGAAGAGAAAAAGAAAAAGAAGAAGUUUAUGGCCAAAAUCAAAAGAAAGGCCAAAUUGAAUAUUUUAGAGGGCAAUUGUGCUACUCCUGUUUGUGGUUGUAAACUUGGUGGGGCGGGUGUUACGGAGGAGGAAGAUGCUAAUGUUAAGCGUGAGGGAAACUAAAAUGGGGUGUAAUCUUAUCCAUGAAUUAAUAAGGACAUUGGCACAAUAAAGUUACUAUUGUUGAA